AUGAAGAAAUUUCUGGUUCACAUUUUCAUCAAGGUUAUGUAAUUUUCAAUUCAUAUCUAUAUAGGUUAGAUAGACCUAUUAAACUUUUUAUAAGAAUCUUUCAAGUAUUUUACAUCGAUUCAAAACCAUUAAAUUAGCUAGACUCUCCUAUUCCCUUAGAUAACGAGUAAGGCACUAAGGACAAUCUCAUCUGGGUAGAUUAUAAUUCCUUUAUAAUAAAUUAGAAUUAAUCAGUUUGUAGAUUAUUUAAAAUCACUGAAUUAAUAUGCAAAGAUGAAUCCUUUUAAAUGAAGUGA